UAAAACCAAAUAAAACUGGUUUGUAUUUUUAUACACCCCAACCAAAGCUCCUGACUCAGGCUCAUCUCUGAGGUCCUCUGAUAUUCCUUCAAGCUCACAGUCUGUAAGGCAGAAUGGACUGUCCACCUUGGCCUAAAGGGAAGAAACUGGUUCACCUGGAUUUAAAAGGUGCCCCUCCAAGAGUAGAAUACCUUUACAAGCUGAUCGAGUUAUUCUCUCAGCUGGGAGCCAAUGGUCUACUGGUGGAGUACGAGGACAUGUUCCCUUACGAGGGUGAGCUGAAGCUGCUGCAGGCCACAACACAGCCUGCUUACAGCCGGGAGGAGAUAUUAACCAUGCAGGAAGUUGCCAGAUCCAAGGGCAUGGAGGUCAUCCCGCUUGUGCAGACAUUUGGCCACAUGGAGUUCAUGUUGAAGCAUCGGCCCAUGUGGCACCUGAGGGAGUUGGCACAGUGUGUGGGCACCCUGAAUCCCCACAAAGAGGAGGCGGUGAAGCUAGUGAUGGAGAUGCUGAGGCAGGUGGUGGAGCUGCAUCCAGGUCUAAACACGCUGCACAUAGGAGCAGAUGAGGUGUACACGUUGGGUCAGGGUGAGGAGUCCAAACUGUGGUUGGCUUCACCUGGACACACAGUGGAGGGACUUUUCCUGAGUCAUGUGACCAAGAUGGCCAAAGCCAUCAAGGAGAUGUGGCCUCAUAUGACUAUCAUAAUAUGGGAUGAUAUGAUGAGAGAAAUGAACCAGGAUACACUGAAAGCUAGUGGUCUAAUAGGACUCGUCGAGCCUAUGCUGUGGGACUACAAACCUAAUAUGGAGGUGGACAAAGCUGUGUCUCUGCUGGAGAAGUACUACUGUGCUGGUAUGGUAGACCUGUGGGCGGCAAGCUCCUUUAAAGGCUCCACCAGUGUUUACACCAGCAUACCCAGUACACAGAGGCACCUGGAGAACCAUUUGCGGUGGCUGAAGGUGGCGGCCUCUAUAUCUGCUGGUAUAAAUCUGAAGGGCAUCGCCAUCACAGGCUGGCAAAGGUAUGACCACCUGUCAGUGCUGUGUGAGCUGAUGCCUGUGGCUCUUCCAUCACUAGCAGCCUGUCUCCAAACCCUCAUCCAUGGCCAGUUAAGUGCUGAGGCUCAAAGCAAAGUGGCUGAGAGGCUGGGUGUCACCUCUGUGGAGGUAGAGGAAAUAGGGAGCGCUGCUGAUGGUGCCUUACUGUUCCCAGGAAGAAAGCUGGCUGAGUUAAUGGUGGAGCUCAAGGCACUGCUUAACUCAGAGGACAUAAGAUUUUUUGAAAACAACAUGUUGGUAAGAGGAUGGUUCAGCCCCUACCACCGACAGAGGAAGAUGGUAACCCCUCUCAUCACCCUGCAGAUUCACACCCAAGCAUCAAUGUAUUUGGCUAUGUUGCAACAGAAGGUGGAGGAAGUGAGAGGGGAGAUGGUUCAUCUUUACCCGGAUUCAACAGCCGAAGAGUGGAUACAGGAGCAUGUUAGCCCUGUAGUGGCUCCUCUGCAGACGAUUACUGAUGGAAUCGCAGCCUGUGUGAAGGAGAUGGUACCAUAGAAUAGAGUGCCUGCUCAGAAUCAAACUGCUUUUUUGAUGACUUUCUGAAAACAGUGAUUUAAUG